CCGCGGCGGCGGCGGCGGCGGCCCCGCGCUCCGCUCCGCUCCGCUCCGCAGCUCGGCCCGCACCGCUCCGCGCCGCGCCGCGCCGCGCCGCCAUGGGCCGCGGGGCCGCCCCGCUCCGCCGCCUGCUGCUGUCGCUGCUCCUGCUGCCCGCCGCGGGGGCGGGCGGGCGGGCGGCCGCCGUGCGGGUGGAGGAACCAGAGCCGGCGCGGGAGCCGACGGAGUACCGCGACCCUUGCAAAGCCGCUGCCUUUUGGGGAGAUAUCGCUUUAGAUGAAGAUGAUCUGAAGCUGUUUCACAUAGACAGAACUGUUGACUUAACAAAGCACUCAGAUGGCAACGCAAGACACACUUCAGGAGGCCUGGAAGAACAGUCCCUUGUGUCAAGCGAGAAUGCCACUUCAACCAAUCACAGUAACCAAGCAGUUAAAAAAGAUGGCAGGCAGAACGCAACGCUUGCGAGGAGACCGAAGAGGAAGGAAUAUAAAGAUGAGUCUGGGAUGGAUACACGCUCCUCUCCCAGAGUGCGCAGGGCAACCACGUCCAGGGCUGAGAGGAUCUGGCCAGGAGGGGUCAUCCCCUAUGUGAUCGGAGGAAAUUUCACUGGAACCCAAAGAGCUACCUUUAAACAAGCGAUGAGGCACUGGGAGAAGCACACUUGUGUGACGUUUGUGGAGAGAACUGAUGAGGAGAGUUUCAUUGUGUUCACGUACAGAACGUGUGGAUGCUGCUCGUAUGUGGGUCGCCGAGGAGGAGGCCCUCAAGCUAUCUCCAUUGGGAAGAACUGUGACAAGUUUGGUAUUGUGGCUCAUGAGCUGGGUCAUGUGGUGGGUUUCUGGCAUGAGCACACACGGCCUGACAGGGACCAGCAUGUCACAAUCAUCAGAGAGAACAUACAGCAAGGUCAGGAGUACAACUUUUUAAAGAUGGAAGCUGGGGAAGUGAACUCGCUGGGAGAGACCUAUGACUUCGACAGCAUCAUGCACUAUGCUAGGAACACAUUCUCCAGAGGGGUUUUCCUCGACACCAUCCUUCCCCGUCGUGAUGAUAACGGGGUCCGGCCAACUAUUGGUCAGCGUAUUCGCCUGAGUCAGGGAGACAUCGCUCAGGCGAGGAAGUUGUACAAAUGCCCAGCUUGUGGAGAGACCUUGCAGGACUCGACAGGGAAUUUCUCAGCCCCUGGCUUUCCAAACGGCUACCCCUCCUAUUCCCACUGUGUCUGGAGGAUCUCGGUGACCCCAGGGGAGAAGAUUAUGUUAAACUUCACAUCAAUGGACCUAUUUAAAAGUCGCCUUUGCUGGUACGAUUAUGUGGAGGUGCGCGAUGGCUACUGGAGGAAGGCUCCAUUAUUGGGUAGAUUUUGCGGCAACAAGAUCCCUGACCCAGUGAUGUCCACGGACAGCAGGCUGUGGAUUGAGUUCCGGAGCAGCAGUAACAUCCUGGGCAAAGGCUUCUUUGUCGUCUAUGAAGCUAUUUGUGGUGGAGAAAUUCACAAAGAUGCUGGCCAGAUCCAAUCUCCCAAUUACCCAGAUGACUACAGACCUUCCAAAGAGUGCAUCUGGAAGAUCACAGUUUCUGAGGGCUUUCACAUAGGAAUCACAUUCCAAGCCUUUGAGAUUGAAUGGCACGACACUUGUUCUUAUGACUAUCUGGAGAUCCGAGAUGGCCUCACUGAAUACAGCCCACUGAUUGGUCACUUCUGUGGCUACGAGAAACCAGAAGAUAUCAAAUCCAGUUCAAAUAAAGUAUGGAUGAAGUUUGUGUCUGAUGCAACCAUCAGUAAAGCAGGCUUUGCAGCAAAUUUCUUUAAAGAGAUGGAUGAAUGUUCUCUGCCGGACAAUGGUGGGUGUGAGCAGCACUGUGAGAAUACCCUGGGCAGUUACAAAUGCACCUGCGAGCCCGGCUAUGAGUUGACCGCUGAUAAAAAGAGCUGCGAAGCUGCCUGUGGAGGCUUCAUCACCAAGCUCAAUGGGACCAUUACUAGCCCUGGAUGGCCCAAGGAAUAUCCUACUAACAAAAACUGCGUCUGGCAGGUGGUAGCUCCAGCCCAGUACCGGAUCUCUCUGCAGUUCGAAGUGUUUGAGCUGGAAGGCAAUGAUGUCUGUAAAUAUGACUAUGUUGAGGUUCGUAGUGGGUUGGCUUCUGAAUCCAAGCUGCAUGGCAAAUUCUGUGGCUCAGAGAAGCCCGAAGUAAUCACAUCCUAUGGCAACAACAUGAGACUGGAGUUCAAAUCAGACAACACGGUCUCCAAGAAGGGCUUUAAAGUUCACUACUUCUCUGACAAGGACGAAUGCUCCAAAGACAAUGGUGGUUGCCAGCAUGAAUGCAUCAACACUUUUGGGAGCUACGUAUGCCAGUGCAGAAAUGGCUUCACGCUGCAUGAAAAUGGCCAUGACUGCAAAGAAGCUGGUUGUGAGCACAGGCUGAGCGGUGCGGAGGGAACAGUGAGCAGUCCAAACUGGCCUGACAAGUACCCCAGCCGGAAAGAGUGCACCUGGGACAUCUCCGCAACACCUGGCCACCGAGUGAAAGUAACCUUCAAUGAGUUUGAGAUUGAACAGCACCAAGAGUGUGCCUAUGACCACUUAGAAAUGUAUGAUGGGCCCAACAGCAAGUCACCUAUCCUAGGCCGCUUCUGCGGCAGCAAGAAACCGGACCCCGUCGUGGCUUCUACCAACAAGAUGUUCCUCAGAUUUUACUCUGAUGCUUCUGUGCAAAGAAAAGGUUUCCAGGCAAAGCACAGCACAGAAUGUGGUGGGCUCUUAAAGGCUGAAGUAAGAACUAAGGAGUUAUAUUCCCAUGCCCAGUUUGGGGACAACAACUACCCAGGUCAAACCAACUGUGAAUGGGUGAUCGUAGCUGAAGAUGGUUAUGGGGUGGAGCUGAUAUUCCAGACAUUUGAGAUCGAGGAGGAGGCCGACUGUGGGUAUGACUACAUGGAGAUUUAUGAUGGUUACGACAGCACUGCACCCCGCCUGGGACGCUUCUGUGGCUCAGGGCCUCUGGAAGAAAUCUAUUCUGCAGGGGAUUCCAUCAUGAUUCGAUUCCAUACAGACGACACCAUCAACAAGAAAGGCUUUCACGCCCAGUACAUAAGUACCAAAUUUCAGGACGCAUUGCACAUGAGAAAGUAGUUUGGCUGCUCCGUACAGACAUUCCCCAUCUGAAGAUUGAGACAUUUAACUGUGAUCUUUGUCUUUUUUUUUAAGCUUCUAUGCACCUGGCCAAAAACAGUAUACCACAUUUGCUGUAACUAAAACUAAAUCCAGUCUCAAAGGUUUGCAUCUACAAUUAUUAGCGUGACCCUUUCUUGUUAACAUACCCAGGACCAAAAAUUGUCUUCUAAUCGUAUUUUGCACAGCUUGCCACUGGACUGAGUGAAGACUGAGCUUGAAUUGAGAAAAGCUUUUGCCUCUUGCGAAUCCUGUUUCUAGGUGAUAUUUCCCAAGCAUCCUGCGCACACGAGCUGUCUGAACACAUUUUCUGGAGCAGGUGAUGUGGACAGUCACCAGUAGGAUUUUCUCAAGGGACUUUGGGAGUUGCCCACUCUCCCCUAGUAGCCCAAAAUACUCUGUGCAAUAAGUGAACAACCAGAUGGCUGGAACUCCAUCACUCCUGUCCCAGCUAGUUAUUGUCUUGUUUGGUGUGAGUUGAGAGCUAGGCAGGGACACAGUGACAGUUUCUUUAGGGCUGCUAGCGACUUGGGUCAUGGUGAACGAGAAGGGCCCAGUGCCUGAUUUGCAGUAAUUGUCAUGGUAUAUGUUGAAUGGAAGUACUUUGACACAGUGGCCAAGGGAAGGGUGGUGGCUGACAGGGAAGUGUUGGGGUGGGAUGCAAGACACGACUAUGUGAUGGUGGCAAAGCUUAGCAGCGGGAGUGCUGACAGUGUGCUCCAGUUGUACCACCAGGCAAAGUAGCUCAGAGGGCUGUGGCAGCUGUCCAGGCCUUAUCUUAAAUAAGGAACCUCUCAUAUCUUAAAUAAGCAAACCAUGUUUGCUUUCUCAGCCUUCUUUAUGCUGCUUCCUUUCCUUAGUACCACUUCCCUGUGAGCCGUUCCUUUGUGCAGCUGAGCUGCUCUCCCCAGGGCUCCUUGCUGCAACCUAGGAGUGCUCUGCAACAUCAGCUAGCUGGAGCACCCUACCGAAGGAAACGUUGGGCCGGAGAUAGCCAGGGUGUCCCUGAGGCAGAGGGACACAGGACAUGCUACAGGUCAGCUCUGGUGAGCUCUGGGAACCUGUCAAACACAUGCAAGCCCCAGGCAUGGAACUAGGAAUGGAAGAGCUCUGAUGGUUUCUACUCCCUCCCCAUUCCUUGCUGGCCUAUGGCCCAGUCUCUUAACUUCAUGGCAGGGGUGCAAAUGAGAUGAUGACUUAAGCACUUUGAGCUAUAAGGCUCAGACAUGCUCUGUGUUGCAGUUAUGGAAGCAUAUGGAAGCUACCAAGCCAUGGGCUUGCAGAGUUAACAGGUGGUUUGGCACUUGUUUUGGAAAAAGUAGAAAAAACUCUGCUUUUGGGAGAACCACUGUAACUGAGCUGUUGAUACGGGAAGGGAAAAAAAGAGAAGAAAAAACCUAUUUUAUUCUGAAUGAUAUUUCAUUAAGGCACUCAUGGGCAAUGAUGAGCUAAAAGCUGAGGUAUGUUAGCUUUAAUAAAGUAUUUAUAACCCAAGAAUUACUAUGUUUACAUAACCAAUAUACUGUCAGGCUCCAGGGUGACACUUCCUCUUUGGUGUAUGACUGUGGAGAGGUGUGGGGCCAGCACCACUGUCAGGCACAAAUGACAUUCCUGGAGAUGAGGGCAUUUCCAGAUGGAUAAUAAAUAGACCCAGCCCCCUCCAGAAGUCCUUGAACAGAAUACGGUCCAAGUAUUGUGAAUACUAGGAGAAGCAAAUCAUAAAAAUAUUUUCUUGCUUAGAACAAGAAAAAUAAAGUAAUUUAUACACACACACGCAAGAUUAUAUGUAUAUAAAAUGUGCAUGUAGAAUACCAGUAGUCAAAGCCUUAAUAAGUGUCAUGUGAACAAUACUGUACCAUUGACUAUAGCUUUAUUGCAGGCUGUAUAAAACCAUGUUACUUCUGGUUUUGUGGUCUUUUUAGCUCUGUUUUGUUUGACUUUUCAAAUUUUGUGGCGUUUUUACAGGCAAGACCUCUGAACUCAAGCUGCUUGACCACGCAGGUCUGGGGAAGUGAGCUCUGCUAGAUGGGGGUCUGUGUUUUCCCUCUUCCUUGCCCCUAUUCAAGCAAAAUCACAGUGGCUCAGGUCUGGAAAUAAAAGCAUGACACCAGUCUCCAUGAAGCAGAAGGAAAGUUUCAGGUGGCAAGCAGCAGUUCAGGUUUCCUGGCUCUCUAAUGGGAGCAAUGACUCGAGAGAAGUGGCUGUAGCAGCUUCCCAUAUACUUCAACAUCUCUGUUCUGUGUUCUGGUAACUUCCCAUCUUCCCUAGACCUGUUCAUUGCUGAUACUUGCAAUGUGGUUUGAUGGACCUACUGCGCUUGUUAGCGUUCAUGCAGGUGUCUCUUGUGACAGUGUGCUCACAACUGUUGUACUGUGCAUUUCAACCAAUGAUCUCUGUAGAAUAUUUCUGCUGUACAGAUUGGGCUUCAUAGUCAAUAAUUCUAAAUGUGUGAAAAAUUCUUAAGAAGAAAAAAGUGUCAGACCCUCUAACGUGUGUAUACAUAUUGUGGUGUUUGUGUGGUUUUACAUUUUACUAACUAAAAUGAUUUUUUUAAGAGGGGGAGGAAAGGAGGGCAUAGGGGUAAUCACAGCUGUACCUGUGGCCAGAACGAGUCUCUGCAUUCAUUAAAGACUGUGGAUUCAGUUGCACGUUCUGUUGUAUGGAUGCAUUUACCACUUCCUCAAGGUGGGGGAAAUUUCUUAACACAUUGCUUGUUCUGUCAACUGUUUGUGUCUACUGCAAAUACUGGCUGGGAUUUACUCUCUGCAGGAAGCGACUUUCCCUUGCCCCUUUAGCUUUUGCAAUCAAGAGAUCAUUUAGGAAGUGGGGCAGAGGAACAAGCUGGUGAGCCAAAGGGCUACAUCGGUGUGUUUCCUCUUAUGCACUCAUGCUUUAGUGAGCUGAGAUGCAGAUCUGCAGCAAUAAACAUUAGGGAUCUAGGAAUUAGUCCGUAAGUACGCAUAGGAAGUGGAGGCUCAUGUACUAAACUACAGGGUAUAGCCUUCAGCAGCAGGUCCUAAAGACCCUGCGAAAUGAACUCCUGUUCAGAGGACAGCAGGAUGAGCACGAGGCAGAUGUUCCUUACUGCAAAGCUGUGGUCUGCACUCUCACUGCGGCAGCAAAAUGUUCAAGUAGCUAGGCAGAACCUAAAAUGCUUUUCUUCCUCUUUCUGUCUUCUGCUUGAUGUCUGCCCUGGUUGCUAAGGAGCAUGUCUGUCUUCUUUCCCCAGUACAUAACCAGUUCAUGCAUGUCCCACCGCCCAGAACAUUUCCUGUGCUGUUGUGUGUUGCAGCAACUCAAACUCUUGUGGUGACUGAAUUUCCUCCCAGCUGUUCCCAAAGGCAAAACAACUACAGAGAUGAAGUAAGGAAUAAGCAUCCCGAUGCAGCCUCCUGCACCAGCGUAUCGUGGCACAGUAUGGCCCUCAAGGCUGACAGUCAAGUCACCUGGUGGACAUAAUUUCCCAUUUUGAAAAGGCCAGGGAGCCUUCAGUCACACAGAGCAUCCAGUCCAAAGUUAUGUUGAAACAUUUUAAACGAUGCAGCCCAAGUGAAGCCAGUGGGAAACAGGAGGUAAAGUAGAAGGUGAAAUAUGAACAGUGGACAGAGCUGUUUGUUGGAGAAACCCACAGACAUUUGCAAUUACAGCGAGAUAGAUUCUUACUGCGUGCACAAUCUACCUGUUGUAUGUGUAUCGUUUGCAGGCUUGUAUCUUCCCUGCUGUUCAGCUAGCACAUUCCCUUAAUGCCUCUUUCCACACUGAUUGUCUGCCACCAGUCCUGUGUGACAUGGCUGCUCCUCGUUUUCUCUGUUUAUUUCUAGAAAGAGGACUUAAUUUUCCAGGAAGCAACAAGGACCAUCCAGUCACCACAUAUGAGAUAUCGAAGGGAAUAUCCAUUGUCUGCCCAGAGAUUCUUAGUCUUUUAAAAACAUGAGGGCCCGGCGGUGCAGCACCCUUCAGACCCAGAACGAUGCCUCAGACCAGAUAGGCUCAGUGGUCUCAGCACCAGGCCAGCAGAAAUCCUCCGCUUUGUCCCGGUGCUUCCAGGGAACAUGCCCUGGCAGACAAGGUGUGAGCCGUAGCAAGCAAAGCCAGGAUUCCCCUCAAGCUCACCUGUGGUACAUAUUAGACAGGCUCUCAGAGCCAGAAGCAGUUUUAUUUGCCAAGAGGCGGAGUCCCCAGCACCCUGAAGCCCAGCUUCCCCAGCGCACGCCGGACCCUGCCCCUGGCGGGGACCCGGCUCUGUCAGGUGUGCUGGGACCCGGCCAGGUUGUCUGAGUCAGCCCAAGAGAAAUGCUAUUGUUUCUUCCUCUUUGCAGGUCUGCAGUGCGAUUUUUAGCAGGAAGAGCAGCUCACCCUAAAAGGAGCGCUAACCCUGGCGUCGGGUGGUCUGCUGUUAUUGCAUGCAGGGAUUUCUCAGGGAGAAGAGCAAAAUGGAGACAACCACCUCUUUCUCACAGUUUUACAACACAACUGUAUAUUCAGUAAGUACACUGCAUAGGAUGGAGGUCAGCUGACUACUCACCGUCAUGUUCUCUGUAGGAGCUGGGGGGGUGGCAUUCUGGAAGAGAAAUUGCUGCUUUUAUGGGUGAGUGUUGAUUUGGAUCUUCUGAUAGACUGUCCUAAUGCCACUGAUGUUAUACUGUAGCAGUAAAGACAGGUGAGAGGCGUAAAGUACCCAGAUUCCUGCGUUUGUGCCUGUUUUGCUGUUUAUUUAGAAACGAGCAGCUCCAAGGAGAGGUGAGUUUGCUGAGCCUGUAAUGCAGCUGAACUUCCUUCAUCCUUCUUUCACCAAAGGGCAUGUGAAUGUUGUUUCAGAUUUCAUUUCUGUUCUCUCCUGGUGAGAGAGGGGGUGAAGAGGGGAGCAGGCCAUGAGCCAUCACAGCAGUUACCAGAGGGUCCUUCACAUGUCCUGCCACUCAAUUAAGAUAUGCAUCACUGCUGAUUCUUUGCUAAAAGACAUGGGGUUCUUCCCUCUUCCCACAAAAAGUUGUGGGCGUGCAAAGAUCUGGGCUUUCUAGUCCUACCUUUGCACUUGCUGUACUAUGAAAUAUAAUCUCUGUUCUGACACAGAGACCCUUUCUGGUUUUGCAUCUUCCCAGCCAAGGAUCAGUUGCAUUUUCCUGCUGAAUUAUAGUCCUCGAGGACAAUUGGUCCAGCCACAACCUGUCUUAGAAUGGGGAGGGGCAAUUUUUCUGGCUACUGAGUUACUGAAAGAUGGAUGUGAGUAUUGAUCAUGGCUGUUCGUGACUACAGAGACCAUGUGUUAGGUGCAGGGGCCAGAGGAGACCUGGCUGACGUGUGCCCUUUGAGGAGGCACAUAUGGCUCUGAGCUGUACCCAGAGGCUGCUCCCCACGGCUCUCUGGGGUGUGUGCUGGGUCCUGUGGCCCUCAGCUGGAGCAACCUCAGCUUGAGAUGGUGGGUCAGCCUGGCAGAGGGGACGACAGGAGAGGCACCUCCAUCAUCACUGCCUAUGUGAUGGACUUCCUUGCUGGAGCUGGCUGGUCCUUUGGAGCUGGGUGUGACAUUUAGCAAUGGAUAGAAAAAGACAGAUGGUUUUGGUUUGGGGUACAGCACGCUUGCCAUUGCAUGCGCUGCGUAUGUUGCCUCUGCGAGCCAAGGCACCAACUGAUCCUCCAGGCAAGGCCGGGCAGCCAGCGGCCUCUAGUAGUGUGGCAAAGACAGAGCGCGGAGUGUUGCAAAAGCACGCCUCUUCUUGGGACUUCCCACUCCCUUUGUGCUGCUUUUCCUUCUGAACCCAGCUUUCUCUGGCAUAUAUGUGCGCUUAUCUCUUGUGUGUGCUUUUUUCCAGCCUCAAUCCUCUUCUUGAGGAAAAACAUAUAUUCCUUCCAUUCAGUCAGAGCCAUCGUUGGAAGGAGCAGAGUUCGGGUUCUUGCUUAUGACUGGCAAGUACAGGCUGUGACCGCGGAGUGCAGCUGGGUGCUCCGUGUGUUACCGACCCCAUGCUGCUGUUGAAGUCUUGCAACCGCUCGCUUUACCUCUUUCCUUGCUUGCUUUGUAUGAAACACUUUUUUUGUAAAUCUUCUAUAACCGUCUUAUUUCUAGACUUCUGCACAUACAUCUGGAAGCACAGCUGUCCAGGCAGAUUGUUCUUCUGGGUAUGAGCCUUGGGUGGUCGGAGUAGCCGCAGGGAUACCCAGCUUCCUGGUCUUGGUCCUUGCAGUCAUCUUGGCGGUGGUCUGUGUUCUCCAGUGGAAGAACUACAGCUGGAAUCAGUUGUUUGUAGAUAGAUGUUGUUUGCCACUGUUUUGUUCAUUGCUUCAGACGAAUCAACAUCCUGAUGGGCAGGAAGAACAUGAAUAUGAAUCGUUCCCUCCCAGACCUCCAGACGACUUUUAUAUGACUAUGAUGCAGGGGACAACAAGUAUCUAUCUAAAUGAAGAUCCAGACAAACUCCACAAACCAGGUAUCCAAAGCCCAUGAGGAUGAAGAAACCCAGAGAAGAGCCAUCUGUGGUGGAAUCCAUUUAUGAAAACCAUCCACUCCUAUCACUGAAAGAAAAGCACCAAAUAGUGGCUGGGGCCAGAAAUAACAGACACAAUCCUUUUCCUGGACACCAGGGGUCACACAGUUGCAGUUUAUGGACAAGAGAGUUUUCCCUUUGUGCAUACAUUAAAUUCUACAGAGGACAGGACAAAGAGACUUUGGAUAGGGACAGAACUUGUUUGCAAAGAUGCCUCUCAGAUGCGGAAGCAAAAGGGGAUUCUCCUGGAGUACCCAAGCGCUGUGGGAGAGAUGGUGUCAUGGUUUUAGCUGGGAUAGAGUUAAUUUUCUUCACUGUAGCUGGCACAGUGCUGUGCUUUGGAUUUAGUUAUGAAAAUAAUGUCAAUAACACACCGAUGUUUUAGUUGUUGCUGGGCAGUGCUUGUACCAGUCAAGGACUUCUCCAGCUUCCCGUGCUCUGCCGGGGGCAUGAGCAGCCGGGAGGGGAGGGGGCACAGCUAAGAGAGCCGAUCCAAACCGGCCAAAGGGAUAUUCCGUAUCACAUGACGUCAUGCCCAGUAUAUUAAAUGGGGGAAGUUGGCCAGGGGGAAGCAGCGAUCACGGCUCGGGGACUGGCGGCGUUGGUCGGUGGGUGGUGAGCGGUUGUAUUACUUGUUUUUUUCCUCUGUCCCCAGGUUUCAUCUCUCUCACUCUCUCUCUCAUUAUUUUUCUUUUCAUUAUAUUAUUGUUAUUAUUACUAUUUUAUUUUAAAUUUUAGACUGUUCUUAUCUCAA